CACCGAGAGCCAAUAGGGGCAGGUGUUGUUUUAAACUGGCUGCGCUGCCGGAAGCGGGCAGGUGGGGAUGUGCGGGUGGUGGUGGAGCGUGCUGGGCUAUUACAGAAUGACCUUGCACUGAGCAUUUGUAGAAGAAACAAGACUAAUCAUCGUUCUUCAAUGUGCAUCCUGCUGUUCAAAUUUGACCCCCGACCAGUUUCAAAAAAUGCUUACAGACUUAUUCUAGCAGCUAAUAGAGAUGAGUUUUACAACAGACCAUCCAAAUCUGCAGAUUUUUGGGACAGCAGCAAUGAUAUCCUUAGUGGUCUGGAUAUGGAGGAAGGAAAAGAAGGUGGGACGUGGCUGGGGAUCAGUAAGAAAGGCAAGAUGGCAGCCCUGACAAACUAUAUGCAGCCAAAGACAGACAAAAAUGCAAAAGGAAGAGGUGCUCUUGUAACUAACUUCUUGACUUCAGAUAUGGACAGUUACUCUUACUUGAAGAAAGUUUCAGUAGAAGGACAUCUUUACAAUGGAUUUAACUUAAUAGCAGCUGACUUCAAUACCACCAAAGGAGAUGUAAUUUGCUACUAUGGAAACAAAGGAGAGCCAGAACCCAUUUUCCUAAAUCCUGGAAUAUAUGGAUUGAGUAAUUCUUUGUUGGAUACACCAUGGAAGAAACUUCAGUAUGGGAAGCAGCUUUUCACAGAAGUGAUCAAGAGAAGUCAAGACCUUGCCAGAGAAGACUUGGUGCAGGAGCUUCUUGCAGUGAUGAAUAAUCAAGAGCCUCAAUUACCUGACCCUGCGAUUGAAGACCAAGGGAAGGAGUACAUACGUCCUAUAUUGAACAAGUAUGCAGCUGUGUGUGUUCGUUGCCCAGGUUAUGGAACAAGGACUAACACGGUUGUUCUCAUUGAUUCAGAAGGACAUGUUACUUUCACAGAGCGCAACCUGGUCAAUGCAGAUGUCAGACAGUGGGAAACAAGCACCUAUGAAUUUGAUCUGCACACGUAACAACUUUCCAUUUGAAUGCAUUGUAAUAAAAGCAAUGAGAGAACAAGCUGUUAAGCUCCAGUAAAUGUUUUCUGCCAGCUUCCAGAAGCCAAAAAUAGCAAGAAAAACAAAAGUUUAUUUAAACUGGUAGCAUACCGUAAUGAAGUCACAAAUCCUUUGCAUAAAACCAAGUUUCUCAGUAUUCUUAUAUUAAGUAGCAACUUAUUUAAAAAUCUGUUUCUGAUUGUGUGGUGUUCUAUUCUAGCUUCAAAGCUUAAAAAAAUUAUAAAAACAAUGGAAAGUACCAACGUAAUACUUCUGGGUAUGAUCCAGUGUCUUGCUUGUAUACCAUUAAUUUAUUUUGAUUUCAGUUGGCGCUGAAAAUGCAUGCAGCUUUUUGGAGAAUCUGGCUUAAGCUAACUUUUCCAAUCUGAAUUCUGUUUAAAACUUACAUUUCAUUUGCACAUAGAGUAUAAAAGAAAUCAGCUACAGUUCCAUUUCUGUUCACAGAUACUUCUAAUUUCUUUGUGUGCAAAUACAACCGUAUUGUAUGAUGCCUGAAACCAAUGUCUGGAAGUCAUAGAACAUACGUGCAGAAGGGAUCAUGAGGCUUAUAUCACCUGCCUCCAGAGCAAGGCUAUCUUUGCCCAAGAAGGAAAUCAUUUGCUUUUUUCUCUUUUUUAAGAUUUGUUAAAUAUUAAACAUGCUUUCUGUUCAGAGAAGGGGAAACAUUUGCUGCUUUUAUUGUUUUUACCAAACUUUGCUUUCCCUUCAACAUAAAAUUUUAAGAUUGUAUAGCUGAUACCAAUGUGCAUUAAAUAAAUCUUUGUAGCAUUAAGUGCGUUAGUAACAUCUAAACUUUUCAGCAGUGCUGUGGUGCACUGUUCUGUCCGGGGAAGGCAGAGCCGGGGGGGAUUCUUUUUGGUUUCCUAUAAAUAGUACAGCAAUCUUAAUUCUUAAUGGAUCUUAAUUCUAAAACUUGAUUUGAGUAGCAAAGUGUUUGAACUUAACUUCUUCUACAGUUCUAUUCAUUGGAAACUCGUUAAAAAAAAAAAAAGGCAAGCUGACUUGUUUAUCUUUGAAAGGAAUAAAAUUAUCUGUAUGGUGACAUUUUGUUUCCGGAUAGUCUAAUUAGCAGUAUUGUUUUCUUCCCCAGCAGGCAGGUAAGGAGUUCGCAAACAGAAACUGAAUAUGAGGUUUACUUAUAUCAUCUAUUUUGUACAUGUGCAAUUUUGCCUUCACUUCUUUAUUGGUGUAAUAUGUCAAAACUUGGAAUGACUGCUCAUAUUUUUGAGUAAAAUAGCUCUGUUGUAAGGGUGUUACUGCAGUUUUAUAUUGCUGAAGAAGUUGGGUAUUAAGAUGUGCUUUGUGUUUCCUAACAGCUGUGAAUUAAAAAGCUAUUUAAAUGCAUGGUUUUCAAUUAUUCAGUGCCAGUGUUAGGUGAUGGAAGGAUUCUAGCUAAUAUGAAGAUAUAUUAAAAUCUUAAGUCAUUUUGCUGCUA